AUGGUGAAAGAUGUAGUGGUGAUGGUUGUCUGGGUGGUGUUGGUUGUUUUGGAGGUGAAGAUUGUUUUGGAAAUGAAGGUUGUUGUGGAGGUGUUGGUUGUCGUGGAGGUGUUUGAUGUGGUGGUGAUUAUCAGACAGGUCACAAAAGCUCCUGGCAAAGUUCAACAAACUCAACAAGUGUCUAAGAAUAAAGAGGCUCCAAAGAAACCGAUGAUCGACAAGGAUGGGUUUAUGGAUGUUGAUUCUAAAAAAGCGGCCAAAAGAACAGGAUUCCCUAUGUCUAAACCGAAGCAAAAAUUUGAAUACCGUCCUAUCUCCUCUAAAGCUAGCGGAAGUAGUAGCAAAUCUGAUCCAAGGGCUAGCUCGUCUAAUCCUUUUGAUGUGUUUAAUGAUUCCAAGUUAGCUAAUGAGGCUGAACGGGUGGGAAAUAGAGAUGAUCCUUAUGGUUCGGAUGACGACGAAGUCGAGGAAAUUUAUAAUGAAACCGAUGAGUUUCUGGUUAGUGGGACUUUAAAACCUGAUAAUCCACAAGGGGCAAGCACUCCUUCUCCGAAUGUUAUCAAUGAAUCGCAUGUUGAUGUCAGCAAGCUUGGUCACAUUUGUAAAUCGAUUUUUCGCUCAUGGGAUUGGACGUCUAAUGGUGCUCGGUGUAAAAAAGGUACAAGGAUUAUUAUUGGGUGGAACCCAGCUGUUUUUGAUGUCAUGGUAUUAUCUCAGACGGAUCAGGUUAUUCACCUACAACUUUUUUUCAAGCUGGAUAAGAAAAUGAUCUUUUGCUCGAUUGUUUAUGCCGCUAAUUAUCAUGUUACUCGAAGGGAAUUAUGGCAUCAUUUGGCUCUACAUAAAGUGUUUGUCGGGAAUAAUCCCUGGGUUGUUUUGGGUGAUUUCAAUUCUGCUUUAAAUCUAGAAGAUAAGUCGAUGGGCUCCUCGACCGUGUCUGCUAGUAUGAAAGAGUUUCAAGAUUGUGUAAAUAAGAUUGAGAUGUUCGAUAUCAAAAGGUCAGGUUUGCAUUAUACUUGGAAUCAAAAGCCUAAGAAAGGGAUUGGGUUGCUUAAGAAGAUUGAUAGAGUGCUGGGGAACACGCAAUUUGUCACCCAAUGCCCGAGUGCAGUUGCUAUCUUUCAGCCGUAUCGGCUUUCAGAUCAUUGUCCUUGUGUCCUAUCUAUUCCUGAUGCUGGUAUCCUGAAGCCGCGGUCUUUUAAAUUUGCUAACUUUUUGGUUUACAAACCAGAAUUUAUGGAGAUUGUGAAGAGGGUUUGGGAGACGAGAAUUCAAGGUGUUCAUCAGUUUUGUGUUGCUAAAAGGCUUCGACUUCUAAAGACUCCUCUCAGGGCGCUUUUAUUUAAGCAGGAUAAUCUGCAGAAACUAAUUGACAAGGAGCCGAAUGAUGAAAGUUUACGGACUCAAGAGGCUACUAGUACUAGUGAACUUCAAGAAGCUAUGUUGGAUGAGGAACGCUUUCUGAAACAAAAAUCUAAAGUCGAUUGGUUGAGGGCUGGGGAUAAUAAUACGGCUUUCUUUCACUCUUCGGUUAAAUGUAAGAAUCACCAUAGCCGUAUUGAUGUUAUUAGAGAUUCGGGAGGUGUCGUUUUUGAAGGUGAUAAAGUGCAACAUGCCUUUGUGGAUCAUUAUGAGAAAUUUUUGGGCUGCAAUGGAGAUACGUCGACCAGUCCGGCUCCGGACCUUUUCACCCAAAUAUUGGAUCCUCAGAUUGCUACUCAUAUGGUCAGACAAGUGACUGAAGAUGAAGUCAAAAAGGCUAUGUUCUCUAUUGGUAUUAAUAAAGCGCCAGGUCCGGAUGGUUUCACAGCGGCGUUUUUCAAGAGUGCUUGGCCUAUUGUCGGGAAUGAUGUUUCUAAGGCUAUUAUUGAUUUUUUUGACACCGGUCAUUUGCUCAAAGAGUUGAAUCAUACCCUUAUUGUGCUUGUGCCUAAGGUUCCUUCACCAUCCGUUGUUACGGAUUAUAGGCCGAUUGCUUGUUGUAAUGUCAUUUACAAGUGCAUAAGCAAGAUCAUUGCGGAUAGACUGAAGGGGGUUCUAGCUAAUAUUGUUAGUAUAAACCAGUCCGCUUUUGUUCCUGGCAGGAAGAUUUCUGAUAACAUCUUGUUAACCCAAGAGCUGAUGCACAAUUACCAUAGGAAUGUCGGCCCUCCAAGAUGUGCUUUUAAAAUUGAUAUCCAAAAGGCCUAUGAUACGGUUGAUUGGAAAUUUCUCAAAAAUAUCCUCCUUGGUUUUGGGUUCAAUGAUUUGAUGGUGAACUGGAUCAUGGUAUGUGUCUCUACUACAUCGUAUUCUGUGUGUAUCAAUGGCAAUGUGCAUGGGUAUUUCAAAGGUAAUCGUGGCCUUCGUCAGGGUGAUCCUCUCUCCCCGUAUUUGUUUACUCUUGUUAUGGAAGUUUUAACGGCCAUUUUGCACCAUUCGUUAAGGAUUGAUUCAUCCUUCAAGUUCCAUAAUAAAUGUGAAAAGCACCAAAUUAUCAACCUCUGUUUUGCAGACGAUCUAUUUCUCUUUGCUAGAGGGGAGAUUGCUUCGGCUAGGUACCUUAUGAACUCUAUUUCUAAAUUUGCGAAGAUGUCGGGUCUCCUCCCUAAUAAUCAGAAAAGCACUGUCUUCUUUUGUAAUGUUCCAAGUUAUAUUAAAAGUGCUAUCCUGAGUAUCAUGCCUUUUAAGGAGGGUUCUUUGCCUGUGCGGUAUCUUGGUGUCCCACUUAUCUCGUCGGGUUUGUUAUAUAGAGACUGUAAUGUCCUGUUGGAGAAAUUAGACAAAAGAAUCAUGCAUUGGAGAAAUAAGCUUCUCUCUUUCGCAGGUAGAGUGCAGCUAAUUGUCUCUGUGUUAUCGUCUAUGCAUAUUUUCUGGUCAUCUGUGUUUAUGCUUCCGAGUAGAGUUGUUCUCGAGUUGGAGGCAAAGAUGAGAAAUUUUUUGUGGUCGCAAGAUAUGGUAUUCCAGAAAGGCAAAGCUAAAGUUUCUUGGAAAGCAGUUUGCCUUCCUAAAUAUGAAGGGGGGUUGGGUAUUCGGCGUAUCGGUGAUGUAAACAAAGCCCUUAUGGCUAAUCACAUUUGCAGUAUUCUUAAGAGGAGGAAGUCUUUGUGGGUGGAUUGGGUUCAUGUUUACAGGUUAAAAGGUAAGAGCUUUUGGAUUGCCAAAAUGCCCUCUUCGUGUAGCUACUCGUGGCGUAAGAUUCUUAAUCUUCGUCCGGUUUUGAGGGAUUUCUUUUGGAUUGAUAUUGGCAAUGGGGCCUUGGCUUCGGCUUGGUUCGACCGUUGGAGUGACAUUGGGCCGCUUGGGGAAUUUAUAUCGCCAAGAGUUAUUUCUAAUGCUGGGUUCCGGUUAGAGGAUUCGGUUUCUGACAUUCAGGCCAACGGUCAGUGGAAGUGGCCGGUUGCUUGGAGGGAUCUCUUUCCUGUUCUAAUUCAGCUAGAUCAUGUCAAUAUCCGGCCGAAUAAUCCUGAUAGAGUUAUGUGGCGUGAUGGUAAUAACACAAGUGUUUUCUCGUCUUCGGAGGCUUGGAAUUCGGUUCGUUUCAAAGGUACAGAAAUAGAUUGGUGCACUAUUGUCUGGUUUAACCAAUGUAUCCCGAGGCAUGCUUUUUUGAUGUGGCUGAUUAUGAGAGGUAAACUUCUCACGCAGGAUAAGAUUCUUAAGUGGGAUAUCUCUCGUAGAAAGACGAUGAAUAUGAUGUGUUGUCUGCUUUGCUAUGCUAAUCAUGACUCUCAUAGCCAUUUGUUCUUCGAAUGUGAAUUUUCCACGAAAGUUUGGUAUAUCGUGAGGCAAAAAGUGGGCAUGAGUACGGUUCAACCUAAGUGGGAGGAUAUCAUCAAUUGGCUUCGUGAUCGGUCCAAAUCAAAGUUAGCAUCUGAUUAUGUUGCGAAGCUGCUGGUGGCGGCAUGUGCUUAUGUUAUUUGGCAGGAGCGUAAUUUCAGGAUAUUCAAGAAUCGGAUGCGUCCUCCAGAGACUGUUAGUGAAAAUAUCAUUAGUUUGGUUAGAUACAAGCUAAUGGGUGCGAGAUUGAAGACAACGGAAAAUGUGCGAAGACUUUGGAGGGAGUGGGAGAUUCAUGGCAACGACAUUGUAGAUGAUGGUGGCUGA